AUGUCUCGCCAGUCGUGCGCACUCGGAAAGGGCUUCAGCUCUAGCUCUGCUUGCUUUGGAGGGGGCAGCAAAGUCACCUUCAGCUCCGUGGCCCGUGGAGGAGGCAGGGGACCCGGGAACGCCGGUGGCUUCGGGAGCAGGAGCCUCUAUAGCUUGGGAGGGAGCAAAUGCACCUCCCUGGCAGGAGGUGGCUUUGGUGGAGGCCUCGGUGGUGGCUUUGGUUCUGGUGUUGGGUUCGAUGGGAGAGGUUUUCCUGUGUGCCCCCCGGGUGGCAUCAAGGAAGUGAGCAUUAAUCCGAGCCUGCUGGUCCCCCUGAACCUGGAGAUCGACCCCGAGAUCCAGAAGGUGCGAACGCAGGAGCGGGAGGAGAUGAAGACCCUCAACAACAAAUUUGCCUCCUUCAUUGACAAGGUCCGAUUCCUAGAGCAGCAGAACAAAGUCCUGGAGACCAAGUGGAAGCUCCUGCAGGAGCAAGGCCACGGCACAGGCCCCAACAGCAGGACCCUCGAGCAGGUUUUUGAAGCCUACAUCAACCGGCUGCGGAAGCAGCUGGACGGGCUCUCCAGCGAGAAGCACCAGCUGGAAGCAGAGCUGAAGAACUUCCAGGAUCUGGUGGAGGAUUUCAAGAGCAAGUACGAGGAGGAAAUAAACAGACGGACAGCGGCAGAGAACGAUUUUGUGCUCCUAAAAAAGGAUGUCGAUGGGGUCUAUAUGAACAAGAUCGAGCUUCAGGCAAAUCUGGACAGUCUGGCGGAUGAGAUUAACUUCUUGAAGUGUCUUUAUGAAAUGGAACUGGCCCAGAUCCAGCAGCAAGUCUCUGACACUUCGGUGGUUCUGUCCAUGGACAAUAAUCGGCAACUGGACCUUGACAGCAUCAUUGCAGAGGUCAAAGCACAGUAUGAGGAGAUUGCCAACAGGAGUCGCUUAGAGGCUGAGUCUUGGUACCAAUGCAAGUAUGAAGAGUUGCAGGCUACCGCAGGAAAACACGGAGACAGCCUCAGGGACACCAAGACUGAGAUCGCUGAGCUCAACCGCAUGAUCCAGAGGAUACGGGCUGAGAUUGAGAAUGUCAAGAAACAGUGUGAAGCACUGCAGGCAUCUAUUGCGGAUGCCGAAGAACGUGGAGAGGUGGCCCUCAAGGACGCCAAGGCAAAGCUGGCUGAGCUGGAAUCAGCUCUGCAGAAGGCCAAGGCAGACCUGGCCCGGCAGCUCCGCGAGUACCAGGAGCUCAUGAACGUCAAGCUGUCCCUGGACAUCGAGAUCGCGACCUACAGGAAGCUGCUGGAGGGAGAGGAGUGCAGGAUGUCUGGGGAGUGCCAGAGCGCCGUGAGCAUCUCGGUGGUGGGCGGCAGCAGCAGUGCUGUAGGAGGUGGCCUCAGCGGCGGGCUCUGCCUUGGAGGUGGAAGAGGAGGCGGAAUUGGCUUUGGAAGUGGCAGAAGCAGUGGUGGCUUCUGCUCCAGCGGUGGGUACGGCUUGGGAGGAGCAGGGGGCUUUGGCUCGGGCGCAGGAGUCUGCUCUGUGGUUGGAGGCUCUGGUUCUGGAGCGGGAUCCGGCACCAUCCUGAAAACCACCACCUCCGUGUCGACGAGCUCCGUGAGCCGGAGGGCCUAG